CACGGAUGUCGAUGUUUAAAAAAAUCAAUAUGAAGGCCACAACGUGCGGGAGUUCGUGAAAGUUUAGCAAGCGUUAUUAGUCAAUGAUGUCGGGGCGUUGUGCAUUCGAAUUGAUAGCCAAUAACUCGCCAGGACUGCCGCCGCUGCAGUGACAAGAUGGCCAACUGAACGGAAGGAGUGCGCGAGACCAGAAAAAAGCGAGCCAAAAGCACCAGCCACCAGUCGCCAAGUGAUGGCCUCCUCCACAUCCUCUGCGCGUGUGAACAACAACAACAAACCUGCCACCGCUCCAAAUUCCACCUCCUCGUCCGCUCCCGUUUCCGGUUGCACCACCUCCACUGCUCCAACCGCUCCCGCUCCACCUGCUGUUACCCUUAGCGACCUGAUUGGCCAGCAGCUGAAGCACCACAAUCCGGACGAGCUGCUCUACAAGGAUGAGCUGCAGCUGCUCCUGCUCCUAACGCCCGUGCAGCGCCAGAAAUUGAGCCGCGACCUGGAGGAUGGCGACAUCCUGGUGCCCAGCACCUCGGCGGCACCGCUCUCGCGUCCCGAAAACGGCGAGGAGGACGAGGAUCUAGUUGGGGCGGUGGGCGGACUGGGGAUUUCGUCCCCAACCACGACCAAGGACCCGGUGCUGGAUUUUAGACCACACGUACUCAAAUGGUUUCAACAUCUGCGCCACCAGACGGGCCACUUCAAGUCGGAGGAGGAGUCGCGUCGUCUGCGGGAGGCUGGUAACGAUUCGUACCGCAAGGAGCGGCAUCCGCUCAAAGCCAGCGAUCUCUUCACGGAGGCCAUCUUCCUGGCUCCGGCACGGAAUACGCUGGCAGCCGCCCUGGCCCACGCCAAUCGAUCCCUGGUCCUCUUCGAUUGCGGCCUAUAUGCGGAAUCCUACGACGACUGCCUGUGCGCCCUGGAUCUGGGCUAUCCGGAGGAGUAUUUGCCAUUGAUUAAGCUGCGCCAAGCCGCCUGUGCCUUAAAACUGCGCAACUUUGCGCUCUGCGAGGAGCAUCUCCACGAGCUCCUGCACAUUGAACUGAACCAGGUGUUCGAAGCGAGGACCCAUGAGCUCUGGCACCAGUGCGAGGUGCUCAAGGUGGAGCGCUUCGAGAUGGCCGUACAAACGGGUGACGAUCUGGAUACCAACGACUCGAAAGCGUUUGAAAUAGCCUGGUUGGACAACUCCUCGUCACUGCACACAACUAGGGCGGUGGCCAAAAACGCACUUAUCUUCGAAUCCGAGGCGAUGGCCAUGGUGCCGAGUGGAAAUUGCCGGGUGUGCGACUAUUGCGGGAUCACCCAGUUCAUACCUUUUCCCUGCAUUUACUGCUCCAACCGUCUGGUGGUCUAUUGUUCCCGUCAGUGCCGCUUCAAGCACGCUGCGAUCCAUGCGGUUGAGUGCUUUGGUCAUCAGAUCGAGCUGUUUGAGUCCUUCGGCGAGGUCUUCGGAAUGCCGCGACUCCUGCAGCUGGCCUUUCGCAUGAUGAUCACGGGCCUGCCGGAGAUGUUGGGCCACUGCCGGAAGAAGCCGACGCUGAGUAAGCUUUGGUCUGCGAUUAAUGGCGGACUGCAGGAGCGCCAGGACAUCGCCUACAGUGCUGUGUUGCGGUUGGAGCGGUUAAGGGAGGAGCGACCGACGGACACCGUGAUUGCGUUGGCUCUCGCCGCUCAUAUACUGGCCAUUUACCUAAGCAAGUGCACCACGUUCUUCGACCAGCUGGAGAAGAGCCUGCCCACGGCGUCCAGGAUGUCGAGUGCCGAAUGGGAACUUCUGUGCGCCGCUCUGCUAAUGCGACACAUUGGUCAGUUGCGCCACCGUUCGCUCACCGCCUGUCGAUCCUUCGUCCUGCCCGCUGAUCCACACGUCUUCUCGCCGCUCAACGAGUUCCAGCUGUGGGCCGCACCCAUGCGCCUCCAGGAGGGUCAUCUCCAUCUGCUGGCCGGCGAGGUGGCCGUCGUCUCGUACUCCGUGUACCCGGAAACACUGAGUUUGUGCCGCCACAGUUGUUCCUCUACGAUCUGCGCCAAGUUCUCCGGCCGCAAGAUGACUGCCUUGGCCCUUCUGGAUCUGCCGGCGGGAUCCGGCAUCUACAACUGUUUUGCCGGCGGAAACUUCCAGCAAUUGCCGCGCGAGGAGCGCAGCAAGCAGCUCCAGGACCGCGGCAUCAGGUGUCAUUGUAAUGCCUGCCAUAACUCGCACUCGGAAGAUCAGUUCCACAAAUUUCAUCGCUACCGUUGUGAUAACCCAAAGUGCAUGGAAAUCUUCACACCCAACGACCUGCCGCAUGCCACGAAUUUGCGUUGGUGGCUCUCCGAGGAGUACACGCAGCCGGAGUGCAGUGGCGCCGAGCUGAUCCUGUGUCCCCAUUGCGGCGAGGCCCAGAAACUGGAGUGGUUCUGGGCCUUCACCACUUCCCUCAUCGAUUGUGAACUGAUCGAGGAGCGCUGCAAGCUGUACGCAGCCAUCGAGCGCGCCGAGAAUCAACUGAUGGAUCUGCACGAGUGCAAGGUGGCCCUGGCCAGACUCCUUUUGGAGCAGUGUCUUAUGGUGCACCGCGAGGGGGCCACAGUACUGGACGACUGGGAGUUCAACAAACUGGGCUCCAUCCUGCGAUCCGUGCUGCCCAGCGUGUUGGCCCAAUACGGCGGACAGUCGAUCGAGUAUGUGAAAUACUUUGCCUACUUCUGGGAUGUGAUGGCGCUGAGCAACUACAAGUGCAACGAUAGGGAGCUAAUGCAAAUGCUAAACGCUUUGGAGUUCAUCGCCGAUGAGUUCAAGGAUAUAUUCAUCAACUACUACGAGGAUUAUAUUGCGCCCAAAUUUGCUGAAGAGUCCUAUGGCAGUGUCGUAGAUACGCAAGUUUAGAAAAGAGUUAAAAUGACAAACGAAACAAUGAAACGAGAAAAGUUAAAUAACUUAGAUAUAUUUUACUCUGUAGCGAAAAGAAAAGAAACCAACACCCACAAAUUCUAGGAAAAUUCUAUUGUUGACCCAUACAAAAAACAAAACGUAAAUGCAUAUAUAUACUUUGUGCUAUUUAUAAAAAAAAAUGGUGCUGAGAUAUUAAAUUGUACGAAACGAAUGUUACAUUCAUUUAGGUGAUUAAGUCAAGGCAAGUAGCGUGCGAGAGAAAUCAAAACGAUCAUAUUAGUAGAGAGUCAUAUCAUGCACACAUUAUGUUCAUAUCACACCUAGGAAAUUAUUGAUUAACUGAUUGAUUAAAUAGCAAAUGACUUUUUCAUUUUGCAUCGCGAGCAAUAUCUAUGAAUUAAUAAAGCUACAAUUGUAACCGCUUGGGAUGGCCCACUGAAUGUUUGUCGGAAUUCGAAAUCGUUAAACUGUAGUCAAAUUAAAAUCAAAUCUGAACCUGAAAUAUUGAAUCCUAGUAAUCAGACAGUGGGUCACCCGAAAUGGACAACAUAAUCGGUAGAUAGGCCGAAGCAAAUCUAAGUGUAAGCAUUAUUUUAGCUUCUGAGAAGCUUCUACCUAAGCGUAGCCACUGAUCUCGAUUGUUUGCCAGAAACACGACAAAUUGUUUUAUCCACCCCAAGACGAACCCUUACUCAAUCACUUACAUAUGUAUUUGCUUGCCAUCGGGCAGCCUGACUGUAAGCUUUUAAUGCUUAAAAAUCAGAUAGGAAUCAAACGCAAUCACUGCAGAAACAAAACAACAAGACAACAAAUGAACAAUUUAAAUUAAUGAAUAUUCGAAUUAUAUGAACGAACAAGUGUUUUUCAAACCUCGCCUUAAUUUUUUAAAGUGUUUUGAAAUACGGUAAAGAUAACGAAGAGUUUCGAUCGAGAAUCGAAAACGAACAUAACACGCACUGAUAAAGCAUAGGCCAGGCAAAAUUCACACCGACACGCCCACACAAUCAGACACGCGAUUCUAUAAAAAUAAAUAAUACAAAUUACAAACAAGAUACUCAAACAACUUCUAGUAGCUAUA